CUCGCCUGAUUGGUCAGAUACACAUUUUUUUUUACACGAACGACAUAGACAUAUACAACACUGUUCAAGGAGUUUCGACCCUUGGCUUCAGUCAACAACAAUGCUCUUGAACAAGGCCUUGAGGGCCGGUGUCCGAACAGGACUCCGGUACCAGAGUACCAGUGCCCAAGCAGCCACCAGUGCUGCCCGAGCACCACAAGGAGGAUUUUGCUUUGAAAUGACUGAUCAACAGAAGGAAUUUCAGGAGUUGGCCAGGAAGUUUGCCAGGGAGGAGAUUGUACCUGCAGCUGCAGAAUAUGAUAGAAGUGGUGAAUAUCCUUUCCCAAUCAUUAAGAGAGCAUGGGAACUGGGUCUGAUGAACUCUCAUAUUCCAGAGGACUGUGGUGGAAUGGGUCUGUCCAUAUUCGACUCCUGCCUCAUCACAGAGGAGUUGGCUUAUGGCUGCACAGGUGUCCAGACUGCCAUUGAGGCAAACUCGCUUGGUCAAAUGCCAGUUAUCAUUGCUGGGAGUGAUGCACAGAAGAAAAAGUACCUGGGAAGGAUGACCGAGGAGCCUCUUAUGUGUGCAUAUGGUGUUACAGAGCCUGGGGCAGGCUCAGAUGUGGCCGCCAUCGCGACUCGUGCCGUGAAGAAAGGAGACGAGUACAUUGUCAAUGGACAGAAGAUGUGGAUCACAAACGGAGGGAAAGCUAACUGGUACUUCCUGUUGGCCCGGACUGACUCUGAUCCUAAAUGCCCAACCAGCAAGGCUUUCACUGGCUUCAUUUUGGAUGCCGACACUCCAGGUAUCCAAGUUGGUAGGAAGGAAUUGAAUAUGGGCCAGAGAUGCUCAGACACCAGGGGCCUCACCUUCGAGGAUGUGAGAAUACCCAAGGAGAAUGUCCUCAUCGGCGAAGGGGCUGGCUUCAAGAUUGCCAUGGGAGCUUUUGAUAAGACUAGGCCUCCAGUUGCUGCUGGUGCAACCGGCCUGGCUCAGAGAGCUCUUGAUGAGGCUACCAACUACAGUCUGGAGAGGAAGACCUUUGGCAGGGCUAUUGCUGAGCACCAAGCUGUGGCCUUCUUACUUGCCGAGAUGGCCAUGAAAGUGGAACUGGCUAGGAUGGCCUACCAGAGGUCUGCCUGGGAGAUCGAUAACGGCCGUAGGAACACGUACUAUGCUUCCAUUGCCAAAGCCUUUGCUGGUGACAUUGCCAACCAGGUGGCUUCAGAUGCCGUUCAGGUCUUUGGUGGAAACGGAUUCAACAGUGACUAUCCUGUUGAGAAACUCAUGAGAGAUGCCAAAAUUUAUCAGAUCUACGAAGGCACCGCUCAGAUCCAGAGAUUGAUCAUCUCCAGGGAACACCUGGGAAAAUACAAGAAAUGAAAAUGAAAUUCAGUGCAUGACAACCAUAGAUGCUCCUCUAACAUAUUCAAAAUAUUUGUAAAAUAAAACAAAUGGUUGCUACAUCUCAGGAUUUCACAAACCUGAUUGCCUUAUGCUCUCCAAGGGCUGUACUCUCUGACUGUGACGGUGUAUACCUUUUAAAAAUAUCUUUUCCGUAUUUUUGUCAUAUCUUUGUUUUGGCUGAAAUCCACAUGCCUUGUUCUUGUUUGUGUUCAUGUCAUUAUAAAUACCAGUGGCCUGUCCUGUUAAAGCCAACUGAACAAACACACGCCAGUGAAAUGUGCUUUUUUUUUUUAUGGAGUUAAACCUGAAAUGAAUGGAUAUUGUUUUAACAAAUACAUAUUCAAGACAUAAUCUCUCUCAUUUCAGAUAUUUACGGGUCAAGAACGAUAAUAAAAAGUUAUGCAGAAGAUGGAA